UUGCCGCAAUUGUUGAUUUAUAUCACCUCCCACUCUCCCACUAAUAAUGUGCCCUAGUGAACAGUCGAUCACCAACUCCGGCACUAUUUCCGACAACAUGGUACUUGAGAGAGACCAAGACAUACCGUCUUCACACAUACCCGUGGUUGACUUAAGCAGUCCCGAUCAAGAGCUAGUAGCGCGUGCGGUGGUGAAGGCGAGCAAUAGUGGGGAGUUUGAAGAGUGGGGAGUUUUUCAGGUGGUCAAUCGCGGGAUUCCCACGAAAGUGAUACAACGUUUGCAAAAUGUUGGUAGGCAAUUCUUCGAGCUUCUCGAAGUGGAGAAGAAUGCCGUGGCGAAACCAGAUGAUUCACGUGAAGGAUACGCGAGGAGGUACGAGUUAGAUCUAGAAAGAAAAACAGGUACGGUCGAUCAACUAUUUCACGAUAUCUAGCCACCGUCGUCAGUGAACUACAAAUACUGGCCUAAGAAUCCUCUAGAUUACAGGGAAGCAAAUGAGGAAUACACAAAGCAUGUGAAGAUGCUGAUUAUGGAGUGGUUAUCAGAGGGGUUAGGAUUAUGGGGUGAGGCUAUUAAGGAAGUUAUGGGCGGUGAGUAUAUGAUGAUUGUCAACUACUAUCCGCCGUGUCCACAUUCCGAUUUGAUCGAGGGAUUGGAUCCACACACAGAUGUUAGUGGGCUCACACUUAUCCUACCCAAUGAGAUUCCUGGACUUCAAGUGUUCAAGGACGAUGACUGGUUCGACCUCGAGAAUAUCCCAUCUGCUGUUAUAGUCAUCAUCGGCGAUCAGAUCCAAAGGCUGAGCAAUGGAAGGUACAAUUAUAAAACGAUAGUGGAUAAGGAGAGAACAAGAAUGUCUUGGCCGGUUCUUGUGAGGCCUACCAACGAUAUGGUCGUCGGACCUUUCCCAGAGAUUAUCGGCCACGACAAUCCUCCCAAGUUUAAGCACAUCGCCUACAAGGACUACAUAUAUCGCAAGGUCCGCCACUUAUCCUUGGCUGAUCUCGACUCAUAA